GCUGGAUUGUAUACGAUAGCUAUAAUUGGGCGGGUGUUCUUACAUUGACAAUCCUAUGGAUCAUCAUCAUCACUCGAUUGCAUGCUAUGUAUCAACGAUCCAGAAAGAUCCUGAUAUUUCUCAUUGUCACCUUCCUGGCUGUCAACAUUUUCAACCAAGUGGCAACCCUAAUGACAACAAUACAUGUUUCAAGCGAGGAACUUGUUCUCUCCGGCACUUAUCAAUGCUCGAUUGUCCCUGCGAAAGAUGUCGUACUUCUGGAUUCUGUUGGUUGGAUACUCAGUAUUGCAUGGGAGGUUCUCGCACUGUGUCUCGCAAUUUGGACUGCUGUAGAACACUUCCGUGAACUGCGACGACAUGCGGCAGGAGGGAUUCUAGAGGACUGUUUCACAGUGUUGAUGAAAACGCACGUGGUUUACUUUGCGAGUUUUGUUGCUGUUUCUUGCUUGCAACUCGUUAUUGACUUUUCUCCAACAUACUCAACGGACCAACCUUCCCUGGACGCUCAGUUUUAUGCUGGGUUUCUCCACAUUUUGGAGGUUGUGCAGAUGUUUGUGCUGGGACCCCGCCUGAUCCUUAGCAUUCGAGAAUAUCACGCUAAACUCGUGGCAGACUCCGACACAGCAACUGGCAUGACCUCAAUUGCUUUCCAAGAGCACGUGCAUAUUUCGACCGGGAGUCGUGUGUGAUGUUCGGAGAACUCAACGGUUUGUCAACUGAUCUACAGAGAACAGGGGAAUUUGCUACUUUCGUGAUGACGU